AUGGAGACCAACGCCGAAGCGUCGAGCAGCCGCACCCCCGCGGCAGCCGAGGCGGGGCCGGCGCUUCCCCACCUCGCCACGCCGGAGUCCUUUCCGUUCCCCUACCCGCAGCCCUACAGCAUCCAGCUCGACCUCAUGCGGACGGUGUUCGCCGCGCUGGAGGACGGCAAGAUCGCGAUCGUCGAGUCGCCUACAGGAACGGGCAAGAGUCUCACCCUACUCACGGCGACGCUCUCGUGGCUGAGCGCGCACGGCAAGCGGCUCGACGACGCCGCGGAGGCCGAUCUACGCGCGCGUUUCACCGCCGAGGACCCGGAUGACCCGCCAUGGGUGAUUGAGAGCGCGGUCAAGCGACACAUGGGCGAGCUCCACGCUGCUGCUGAGGCGCGUGCCGCGCGUCUCGCGGCCGUGCGGGAGAAGGAGGGGCGGCUGCGCCGCGCCAACGCGGCGGGCGCGUUUGGGCGUAAACGUGCGCGUGUAGCGACCGAGGGCGACGUCGAGGACAAGGGCGAAGAUCGGUUCUUGCCUGAUGACGGCGAUGCGGCACCCGCCGACUCGAAUCUUUCCGCCGAGGUCAUGGCUCUCAUGGCUACCCUGGAUGGCGGGAGGAAGAAGGAAGAGCAGGAGGAAGAGGAGAAUGUGCCCAAGGUGUACUUUGCUUCGAGGACACACAGCCAGCUGCGCCAGCUGACGGCCGAGCUGCUGAAGACGACGUUUCCGGCCGGCAAGGAAGACGAAGAGGGAGAAGGGACCGCGGGCGCAGACGACAAUAUCAGCCUCGUGCCCCUCGCGUCACGCAAGCAGAUGUGCAUCAACGACAAGGUACGCGCGCGGGCGCGCGACGAGACGCGCCUCAACGAGGCGUGUCUCGACCUGCAGAAGAGCGGUAGUGGGGCGCGGUGCGAGUUCCUCCCCAAGGCCGACGACCCGCGGCUGCUCGACGCGCGCGACGGCGUGCUCGCGACCGUGCGGGAUAUCGAGGACCUCGUGCUCGAAGGGCGCGCGGCCGGCGUGUGCCCAUACUAUGCUACAAGGCGCGCCGUGCGCCAGUCGCAGCUCGUUACGCUGCCGUAUAACUUGCUGUUGCAGGCCAGCGCGCGCGAGGCGCUCGGCAUCGACCUGACGAGCCAGGUCGUGGUCAUUGACGAGGCGCAUAACCUCAUCGAUACCCUACUGGGAAUAUACUCGACAACGCUGCCGGCGUCACAUUUGUCCAAUGCGGCGGCACAGCUCACGCAGUACCUUGCUCGUUUCCGCUCGCGACUGAAGCCACGCCACGCGCUGUGGAUAUCGCAGACGCUGGCCGUUCUCCGCGGGCUGGGCAAGGUGUGCGACAACUAUGCCAUUGACGCAGGCACGGACAAGGCGAAGGCCAAGGGGGAGCUCCUCGACGUCAACGCGCUCAUGGCGCGUGUCGGCGGCGCAGGCGACGCGGUGAAUCUCAUCGAGCUCGUCAGGUACUUGAAAGAAAGCAAGCUCAGCCGCAAAGUCAGCGGGUACGCCGAGUCGCUUGAGGAGGCUGCGGCAGCGAAGAGCGAGCGUCGGCCGCGCACAACGUCGGCGCGGCACGCGUCCAUCGCGGCGUUCCACAACGUUGAGGCGUUCCUGCUGUCCCUCACCGACGCGCGGGACGACGGGCGCGUGAUCCUGUCCCUCGACAACGGCGCCGUGCUGGUAAAGUACGUGCUGCUGAACCCGGCCGAGCGCUUCGCCGACGUGGUCAAGAGCGCGCGCGCGAUCGUGCUCGCCGGUGGCACAAUGGAGCCGGUAUCCGACUUCUACUCGCAGCUCUUCCCCUCUGUCCCGCGCGAGCGCUUCGCCACGCUGUCCUGCGCGCACGUCAUCCCAAAGAGCAACCUCCUCACGCAGGUCGUGUCGCGCGGGCCGCGCAAGCUCGACUUUGAGUUCAAGUUCUCGAACCGCGGCGACGACGCGCUGCUGGCCGAGCUUGGCGCGGCGCUGCUCUCCGCCGUCGGCCUCGUCCCCGACGGUGUGGUCGUCUUCCUCCCAUCAUACGCCUUCCUCGACAAGCUCAAGACCGCGUGGGGCAGUAGCCUGCUCGACAAGCUCGACCAGAAGAAGAAGCUGUUCUACGAGCCCCAGUCGGCUGCAGAGGUGGACAGCACGCUGCGCGACUAUGCGCGCGCGAUCGAUGCGCCAGAGCUCAACGCGGCUGGGCGGCCACGUACCGGCGCGCUCAUGUUCGCCGUGGUCGGCGGCAAGCUGUCGGAGGGCAUCAACUUUUCCGACCGGCUCGGCCGCUGCGUCGUCAUGGUCGGCCUGCCAUUCGCCAACGUCGGCUCGGUCGAGCUGCAGGAGCGCAUGCGCUACGUCGAGCGGCUGCCCGGCGCGAGCAAGGACGCGGCCAACGAGCUAUACACCAACCUGUGUAUGCGGGCCGUCAACCAGUCUAUCGGGCGCGCGAUCCGCCACGCAAACGACUAUGCCGUCAUCCUGCUCGUUGACAGGCGGUACGCGACGCAGAGGAUACGCUCCAGGCUGCCCAAGUGGAUCGGGGAGGACGUGGUUGUGGCAGACGACUGGUCGGCCGCGGCAAAGGGCAUCGCGGGCUUCUUUCGCGAGAAGCGCGCGCGGGGCGUGUAGAGUAGACAUUGCAUUGUACAUUGCAUCAUCAGCAUCAUCAUGUGUAGGGAGCAUA